AAAAAUUCAAUAACAAAUACUCAUCGACUGUGUUCGUUCGUAUUGUGGCGGCUGUUGAAAAAACCAAAUAAUAAAAUUAACAAAAAUAAAAAACUGUUGUGGAAAGCAAAAAGUAUUAACUGUGUAAAAAAAUACCUCUGUGCAAGAAAACAAAAACAAAUCACAAUUUGUGUUGUAAACGUGUUUGUUUGACGCGACUUUUCUAAGUUGAAAGUUAAGAAAAAUUAUUGAAAAUAUAAAAACAACAACGAAACGAAAGUGAAAAACUGCACAAAAGGGCAAAACAAGUUUAUUUUGGCCGAUAGAAAUAUUCAGCCAAAGUAGCAACGAACUUUUGUCAAAGGAAACGCGAAAAAAUUCGCGUUUUUACAACAGCUAGUAACAAAAAGCCUGCUGGACUUUGCAUCAGAGAGAAAAUAUUUGUUUAUUUUUUUGUGCCAACACCAACAAAAUAAAAUAAAAAACAUCACGUUGCAGCGCCGUACGUAGUGGUCAUCUUCGCCAGUCAUCAUCAUCAUCAGUGUCAAUUGUUUAAUUUGUGGUGGUCAUUUUUUAUUCUGCCCACAAUUUUCAAACAAACAAAGGCGGUCAAAGCAUCGUCAUCGCUCGCUGUUUUGUAGAGAGUGCUGCUACUGCAAAAAAAUAAAUAGCAUUCAGUUCUGCUGCCCUGCCUUAUUAUCUUGGUUGUGUUGAUUGGGAAUCAGCAACGGAAAUUUCUUUUUGAUUGAUUUCGUUGGACUUAUUUGUAUUAUGAAUCUAUCAUUUGCUGGCUGUGGAUUUUUGGGUAUCUAUCAUGUUGGCGUGGCCGUGUGUUUCAAAAAGUAUGCCCCUCAUUUGCUGUUGGAAAAGAUCGGUGGCGCCUCUGCUGGUGCUUUGGCGGCCUGUUGUCUUUUGUGCGAUUUGCCUCUAGGUAGCAUGACAUCCGAUUUCUUCCGUGUUGUAAAUGAAGCCCGCCGCCAUUCCUUAGGUCCCUUCAGUCCAUCGUUCAAUAUACAAACCUGUCUCUUUGAGGGUCUGCAAAAGCAUUUACCCGAAGAUGCCCACAAACGUGUCAGCGGCCGUUUGCACAUCUCCAUGACCCGUGUCUAUGAUGGCAAAAAUGUUAUUGUCUCCGAAUUCAAUUCCCGCGAUGAGGUCUUACAGGCAUUGUUAUGCGCCUGUUUCAUACCAGGAUUUUCGGGAAUUCUACCACCCAAGUUCAGAGGAGUACGUUACAUGGAUGGUGCCUUCUCGGAUAAUCUACCCAUUUUGGAUGAGAACACAAUAACCGUUUCACCAUUCUGUGGUGAGAGUGAUAUAUGCCCACGUGAUCAAAGUUCCCAGCUCUUCCAUUUGAAUUGGGCCAAUACCAGCAUAGAGAUUUCGCGACAAAACAUCAAUCGCUUUGUGAGAAUUCUAUUUCCUCCCAGGCCGGAGUUCUUAUCGAAAUUUUGCCAGCAAGGAUUCGAUGAUGCCCUACAAUUUCUGCACCGUAACAAUUUGAUUAAUUGUCGCCGCUGUGUGGCCGUGCAGUCAACGUUUGUAGUAUCCGAAACAGUGGCCCAGCCCCAGGAAUUUGAUCCUGAGUGUAGAGAAUGUAAAAAGCACAGAAAGGAUGCACUUUCCUCAAAUAUGCCCCAAACAGUGUUGGAUGUUAUACAAGACUAUAUAGAACAGGCCAAUAAGGGUUUGGCCAACUGGUUGUUCAAACAUCGUGGCAUCAAGUUACUCUCGCUGCCAGCCACAGUUCCCAUAGACUUUCUAUUUGCCACAGUUUCAAAGCUUAGUUCAUUAACACCUAAAUUAACGAAACAAAUGCGUGUGGUCGUUGACGAUUUUGUAAAUCAAUUAAAUAAUGCAAUACAUGUGCGUUUAUUAAAUAAAAUAACGAUCUGUGAUCCUCCCCAUUUCGAUACGACCGGUUUGUUACAUUCGAAGCGUUUAUAUGGGCCCCGAGUAUCAAUACUUGUGGACGAAUGUGGUGCUUUACCUUUGCAAGAUGAUGUUGAUCAUUAUGAGCACGUUUUAAAGGUCACUACCCACAAUGAUGCCCUGUAUGCCUACUAUUAUACCGAUGACAAUACAAACAAAGUCAAAGUUACGGAAAUCUUCGAUAUGACUGAGAAUGUUGAGCUUGCCGAUAUGAAACAAUACGAAGGUUCCGUUGAAGACCAUCCAAAUCCACAUCAGCAUCAUCACAAUGCCGUUGUCAGUGAAUGGAAUGGUGUAGAAUCAGAUUUCUUCAUUGACCAGCAAUCCCACUCUCCUGAAAGUGAAGACAUCCCGCCAACCACAACAGACGUAUUACCAACCUCGUCACUCUACCAAGCACAAACUGAAAAUACAUUAUCAUCCGGUGUUCACACUGACUCUGGGGAGGAAACAUGUGUUUUCAGUGAUCCAGAAGUGGAUCAGUAUUACGACGGCAACUCAUCGGUAUUUUCAACGAGCAUCCAUUCUCCCUCACAGCAUCAUCAUCACACAGCUCAACUGAAACUGAUCUCUAAACAAAAAGAAACACUAACUGGUUCCACCUCCCAUCAUAUGACGAGCUCUGAUGAUCUGUGCAUAGACAUUGAAUAAUGGGCCGACUUCCAUAACUUGUACUACUCCCACUAUAUUUGUAAAAAAAAUCAAUCAAGACCAAAUGUUUUUUUUUUUUUUAUUUUAUUUGUUUUAUAAAAAUUCUUUGUGUAUUUGUUGUAUGUAUAUAGAAAUCAAGAGAAUUUAUGUUGAAAAUACUUCUAUCAUUAAAACGAUUAUUAUUAUUAUUAUGAUUAUUAUUACCACAACUACAGAUGGAAGCUCUGAAGCCAAAGGUAGAUAAAGCAUAGCUGAAAAUGCCUUGUAAAAAGUACAUAAACUUAUAUAAGACAUUCUUAAGAAGAAUUUCGAUUUUAUCGGAAUGUUCAUCAAAUGUUGUAUUUUUACAAUUGCAAAAUAAGUUUCUAUCCUAAUUAAAAUGUUUUCUUCCUCCUACUUCUCUACUUCUCUCUGUAAACCCAUUAUAAGCUAUUGUAGAGUUUAUUAUUAUCAUUAUUAAUAUUAUUAUUAUAUUUUAAUUCAUCAUUGCAAUGUAUGUACCUUUAUAACAAUUUAUAUUAAACGCUAAGAAAGCCAUUUAGAAUACGUUAAAAGAACGGAAAAAUCAUGAAAAAAAUAUAUAUUUUUUAUAAAAAAGAAACAACAAAAA